GUAAAUUGUGUUUGGUUAGCAAAAUUCCUUGUCUCCUUUUUCGUACUUUAUAUUUUUAUUUGUGCUACAUGGACAAAGAACAGGAGUAAAGAGAUGGCGGAACUACAUUCUGCCAAGGGAACACCCUAAACAGGCAAUUUGGGAAAGAAUGAACUGUUCCCCCUAACGAAAAACAAGUGGCUACAAUGCGGGCGGUGAUCUCGUUGCACGUGGGCCAGGCGGGCGUGCAGGUGAUGAACGCGGUGUGGGAGCUGUUCUGCCUGGAGCACGGCGUGCUGCCCAACGGCAGCCUCACGCGCUGCUGCUACGGCGUCGACGACUACAACGCGUUCUUCGGCGAGGGCCUCGGCGGCAAGUGCGUGCCCCGGCUCGUCGCCGUCGACCUCGAGCCCACCGUUAUCGACGAGGUGAGGAAGGGCUGCUACCGCGGGCUGUUCCACCCGGAGCAGCUGGUGACGGGCAAGGAGGACGCGUCCAACUGCUACGCGCGCGGCCACUACCGGCUGGGCCGCGAGCUGGUCGACCUGGUGAUGGAGCGCGUGCGGCGCGUCGCCGAGGCCUGCCCCUCGGUCGCCGGCUUCCUGCUCUUCCGCAGCUUUGGCGGCGGCACCGGCUCCGGAUUCGGAAACCUCAUGCUCGAGUACCUCUGCCGCGACUACGGCCGCCUGCCCAAGAUCGAGUUCGGCAUCUUCCCUGCGCCCAGGUUGUCGCCCACAAUAGUGGAACCGUACAACGCAGUUUUCACGAUGCACGGCUCGCUCGAGUUCGAGGACUGCAACUUCUUGCUGGACAACGAGGCGCUGUACGACAUCUGCGCGAGGUUUCUCGACGUGCCGCGGCCCACCUACACCAACGUCAACCGCUUGAUAGCACAGGUGGUUUCUUCCGUGACGACCUCGCUGCGGUUCCCGGGCGACAAAAACGUGGACCUGAUGGAGGUGCAGACGAACCUGGUGCCGUUCCCACGCGUCCACUUCCCUGUUCUGUCGUACGCGCCGCUGAUGCCCCCCGGCAGGGCGUCCUUCUCGUCCAUCUCCGCCGACCGCCUGCUCACGGCGUGCUUCGAGCCCGCCGCGCAGAUGGUCCGCUGCGACCCUCGCUACGGAAAAUACAUGUCCUGCUGCAUUCUGUACCGUGGCAGCGUUGCGCCCAACGAGAUCAGUCUGGCCGUGGCCAACAUCAAGGCUAUGCGGUCUGUGCGCUUCGUCAGUUGGUGCCCUACUGGUUUCAAAGUGGGGAUGAACAGCGAGCCUCCAGUGCCGGUGCCCUGCGGCGACCUGGCUCCAACGCCGAGCGCUGCCUGCAUGCUGGCCAACUCCACGGCCGUGAAGGAGGCGUGGAUACGCCUCGGGCGCAAGUUCGACCUCAUGUUCGCCAAGCGCGCCUUCGUGCACCACUACGUCGGAGAGGGCAUGGAGGAGGGAGAGUUCGGCGAAGCGCGCAGCAACCUUCGCGCCUUGGUACAGGACUACAAAGAGGUGGAGAGAGACACUUGAGCACUGAAUCGCCGCAGUUUUUGGUCCUUGGACGAUUGUAACACUGUCCUGCACUGCUUACUCUGAGUUUUAGUGCAACUCGCUUAAAAGGAAGCUCCAGUGCAAGAGUAACAUGGGUGUACCCAGUGACAUGGUUUGAAGAGUAAUUCUCAGAAGAAUACAUAUUAUAUUUUUAUUUCCAAAUUUUAAUUGUGCAAAUAAUGUUAAACAGUACUUCAUUAUCAUCGUGUCUCAAGCUUAAAAUUUCACUACAUUAUCUGAGGAUGCAUAAAGAAUAAAUAUCAGGUAUUUCAGAUUACAAACAAUUUAAAUUUAUUUCUGCGUCCAGUAUACAACUAUGUAUGCUUUGCAGUUAGCAGGUUCUUUCUUCCGAUUAGCUAUAGAUGCUGGCUCUAAACUUCAGAAGAGGACGUUUCAUUGUUGAUAAAGUGGCAUACGUUUUAGACAAUAACUCUAUGAUGUGAGUAUAGAGUGGUAGAGUGGAAUUUAUAAAAAAUAAAUUAGUUUUGAUUGUCUGUACAUUGAUACAAGCUACAAACAAAAAUACUGGGCGCUGGGAGCUGUCACAUAAAAAACGGAAUCUCCUAAUCUUAUACGGACUCUGUAAGUACGCGUACUAACAAGGGAACUUGAUGGAACGGCCCUCUUCGAUUUUCUUCAUGCUUGUCUUGAAAGGGGGAUGCCUGAUAUUGAAUUUCCUGAGCAGUAAAACAAUCACCUUUGCAGAUUAUUAGAUUUCCGAACACUGUUCAGUAUAAAUAAUUUCUAGCCUUUUUCACAUAUUCGCCGACAGUUCAGUGACUAAAGCAUAGUCAUAAUUAUAAACUUGCUAUUAGAAUGCACAAAAUUACUUUCAUUUAAAUUCUAUACAUGCUAAUAAAUGGAAAUGUUAGUUAAGGAAACUGAAACAUGUUAAUAAUAAUAAUGUCUUUUCAACUUUAUAAUUGGUCGUAUGAAAAUAAAUAAAAGUCUGAUAUAGGAAUGCGAAAUGCAGUACUGUGGAAUGAAUAGAUCUAUAACGCUGUUCUGAAACUUUACGAUUAGAAGGCUUUUGCGUUAUACACUAUCCAGUCUGUAAGGUCCUAUUGUAACAUCCAACUCGUGCCUCCCGGUUGCAUAGCCCGCUAGGGGCUCUCAACUGCGAGUUCUCCUAAGGUAUGACCAGUUUGCAAUAUGUCUUGACAGAUGCUUACAGUUACGAUUCACCAUUGUUAUGGCAUGAUUAGUUGGUUUAUUCCAACAAUAAUAAAAUGCUGAAAAAGAUAUCAUUCAUUUUUCCGUUGUUCCAUCUAUCACAUUUAUAAAUCGAGAUACGGAGAAUAAUAAGUACUGGCAAGCUGUGCAAGUCUGUCAUACAGCUAACGUGAAAGUAGCAUCGGUUCUACCGAAGUGGCGAACUAGGUGGUUGUUAGUGUGUGAGAAAUUAGCGAAGACAAAAAUCUGGGCAAAUACUUUGCAAAUUCCACUAAAUGGGUGUACGUUUGCUUGCAUUGUUAGCGAUUUUUCCUCCUGAUCAGCAUAGUAUUGAAGAAUUGCUAUUUUGACCACGCAUGAACUAGCCAAGUGCGAUCUCAGUUGUCAGUUUUUCCACAUGGAGAUUAAAAAUGUUAUAUGUUACAAUUUUUUUAAUUGUUUAGCAUUCCUAAGAGUUUACUGUAGUUUAAAACUCUCAAUCCUUUCCUUUACUACAGAUGUUCAUUGGCGCUCGUUAGUUUAAUUAGUAAUUAUAUGAUUAUUGCUACUAUUUUUGCAGCGCAAGAGCAUUAGGUUUUACUAUGUCUUGUAUCCAAAUUUAAGGGAUGAAAUUCACUUCAGGGCGCUGACUAACUUUUUCCAC